AUGUCAAAUUUAUUCUUUGUCGGUAAUUUAGAUAUAGAAUUGGCCAAAGAGCGUGUGAAAUUUGACUUGUUCGAUAGAAUUAUUCAAUUGAAUGAUUUCGAUGAACUUUUCAGACGCAUCUGCGAGGAUAGGUUAGUCCCAGAUAUUAAAUUAUCUUAUGAAACUGGUAUUUCUUUAGCUAUCUUUGAUCCAAAAAAAUUAAACAACGUCACUUCAAAAGAAUUAAAUGAUAUAUUUAGAAGGUUUUUACCAACUUUUAAUAUUGUCGCAGUUGAUUUCGAUUGCUUCAUUGAAAAUAAAAACUUUAUCAACAAUAUCUUCAAUAGUAUUAAAGUUUGCAACAAUAGGAUUUUAAGAUCUAGCAAUUGGAUGUACCAUGAUUCAAAUGCAGAUGAAAAUUCAGAAAAAAUAAAUAAUGACCAUAACAGCAACCAUGAUGAACACAGUAACGACUUCAAUUCUUGCUCUUCAAAUAUUUAUUCAAUGAUGUGUCACUUUAGACUGUCUUCCAUGAAUGCAAUCGAACAAAAGAAGAGAAGAACUCCAAUCCCAAGAUUCAUUAGAAAUAUAGAUUUCAAAUCUUUAUUGAAGGUACCCAAAGACGAUGAUUAUUAUCUAGAUCUAUUCGCUACUUGGAAAUUUUCAGCAAACUCUUUAAAUAACCAAGAAUUGAUUUAUUGUUCAUUUUUAUUGAUUAAAAAACUAUCAACCGAAAGCAAUAUACCCAUUUCAGAUAACAAAUUAUUAUUACUUUUGUUCUCUUUAGAAGCAUCAUAUCAUCAAGUUAAUAAAUUCCAUAAUUUCAGGCAUGCAGUAGAUGUCAUGCAAGCCACCUAUCAACUCUGUGAUAAACUAUUAACCAAAGAUGAUCAUAUUUACAAAUUAUUACUUUGUAUGGCUGCUAUCGGUCAUGAUAUAGCUCAUCCAGGUACAAAUAACAAUCUAUUAGUAAAUUACAAAUCAAGCGUAGCAUUGCAUUUUGAUAAUGAAUCUGUAUUAGAAAAUUUCCAUCAAGUUUUAUUCCAGCAAUUACUAUUUGAUCAGUGGCCAUCAUUAAUUGAUAUAGUUACCCAAUGCGAGAAAAGGGAUAAAUUUAAUAUAAUCAAAGAUUCAAUACUUGCUACAGAUAUGGCUAUUCACAGUCGUUACGUUAAACAACUAAAUCCUGAAGAAGACUUCAGAAUCAAUAAUUUAAUUUCAUUCAUUAUAAAAGCUGCUGAUAUCUCAAACGUAACAAGACCAUUGCAUGUAUCAGCUCAAUGGGCGUUAUUAAUAUCUUUGGAAUUUGAAGAUUGUGCAUUGUUAGAGACUUAUGAAAAAACAAAUACUACGUCUUGUAUUGAUGGUGAUGAAAAUAUAAAAGAUGAUGAUCUAUUAUUGUCUCCAGAUGAUUUGGUGAAAAAAUAUCCUUCUUUGCCAAACGGUCAACUUUUCUUUAUCAAUACUUUUGCUGAAGAAUUUUUUAAUAAAUUAAGUUUAAGUUUCCCAAGUUUGCAAUAUCUUUCGGAUAAUAUUCAAACGAAUAAGGCAUACUGGCUUGACAAAAAAAGUAAAUAA